AUGAUGAAAUUAAGCUCAAAAGCAGGAAUGGUGCUGUGGUUUUUUAUUGCUUUAACUACGGCUGACUUAGACAGUGAUGGAUAUGGUUUCUUCAACAAUGGAUGUCCAAAAGACACUAGUAUAGAUAAAUACUUGCCUCAUGAAAAAUGUGACCAGUUUUACCAAUGUUAUCACGGAACUUUGAUUCCGAGGUUCUGUCCAUCUGGGCUACAAUUUAACGCUGAUCUGGAAAGAUGCGAUUGGUACCAAGAUAAAAAGUGUCUUAAGAAAAGAGAAGAAUCAGAAACUCGCUCAGAUCCGUUUGAGGAACUAGAUAGCAAUAAUCCUAACCACGCGGUACUAAUAUGCGCAACUAAAGAUUCGAACGGCGUUAUGAUAGUUCAUGAAAACUGUGAUCAGUUUUACAAAUGUUCAUAUGGUAAGCCAGUAUCAUUGAAGUGUGCACCAGAACUUUUAUAUAACCCUGUAAAUGAAAAAUGUGACCAAGCGCAAAGUGUGGAGUGUGGUGAAAGAAUUAUUCCAGAGAAAGAAACUAUCAGUCCAGCUAUGGAAAUAUCAGUUAGGAGAAAAAAACAUUAUAAUGCACAGCCUGUUCCAUCUAUCGAUGAUAUUGAAGCCAGAAAAUCUUAUGCCAAACUUGCUAGGGCUAUAUGUUCAUCUAAACGUUCGAAAGGUAUUCUACUUGCUCACGAAUAUUGUAACAAGUACUAUAAGUGCAAACGUGGAAAAGCAGUAGGUUUAAAAUGUCCAUCAAAUUUGUUGUUCAACCCCUUUAAAGAACGUUGUGACAUGCCUCGGAACGUUAACUGCAAAGAGAGAAUUACGGUUGAUGAGAAAUAUACCAAGUAUGUUAGUACACGUUACGAUGAUAAUAGCAACAACAGUGAAGAAAAUGAAAUAUCUGUCAGUGAUGAUAAUAAUGCAACUUUAAUUUGUUCGGUCGCAAAUUCUAAUGGAGCGUUAAUUGCCCAUGAGAAGUGUAAUCAAUUCUACAAAUGUACCAACGGGUCUCCAGUUACUCUGACUUGCCCGGGAAAUCUUUUAUUUAAUUUAGAAAAAAAGAACUGUGAUUGGAUAAAGAAUGUAUACUGUGGUGAAAGGACAUUAGAUAGCGAUGGAAAUGAUUUGGAUAGUAGUACACCUCGAAUAUUCAAUGGUGUCCCUAGUGAGCCCGGCCAAGUUAUGGCUCUUUGUACCGCUGAGGGUUCUGAUAGCAUGCUGCUUGCCCAUAAACGUUGUAAUCAGUUUUACAAAUGUCAGGAUAGCCGUGCGGUUGAGAAAACCUGUCCUGGUAAUCUGCUGUACAGUAUAGAAAAAGAAUAUUGUGAUUGGCCAACUUUCGUCGAAUGUGGUGAAAGGACGAAGCCUGAUAGUACCAAUAGUGCCGAAGUUGACGAUAAUACUAUCGAAAGUGGUAGUGGGUCAGGCCAUAGUCAGGGUGAGCCUAAGCCUAGUCAAGCUAUUCAAGCAACUUCAAUUUGCGCGAGUAAAAAUACUGAAGGAAUGUUAAUACCUCAUGAAAAUUGUAAUCAAUUCUACAAGUGCUAUGAAGGUAAACCGAUUCCUUUAUUUUGCCAAUUAAAUCUCUUUUACAACCCUUUAAAGGAAUACUGUGAUUGGCCGCAUAACGUGAACUGUGGUACCAGGGUGGUACCAGUAAAUACCAAAACAAAUUAUGAAGAAGAAGCAUAUGAUUCUAAUUUACCGUGUUCUGGCAUCACCAAUGGAAAUAUACUUCCUCACGAGAAUUGCAGUCAGUUUUAUAAAUGUGUGAAUGGUCAAACAUACCCCAUGGACUGUCCGCCAGGUCUUUACUUUAACGCCAUUCUAAAGUACUGUGACUGGCCUGUGAAUGUAGACUGUGGGGAGCGUUACACAGAAGUGCAAGUUAAUAAACAUGGAGUAUCACGUAGAGCCCUUAGCCUUAGGAUGAUUUCUUAAAAAGAAGUUCCGACGCCUAAACAAGCGCAUUCAAAUAGCCUUCAAAUAUUAAUGUUGUAUACACCCUU